CAUCCAGUCGCCUCUACGUCACUGCUGCUCUCCAUUGUCCACAUAACAUGCUGCUAAGGGGAGAACUGCCUUCCUCCUUGUAAUAAAUACGGACUACAGAUGGACCGCAGUCUGAAGCGCCGGCAGGUGAAGCCACUUGCUGCCUCUCUCUUAGACGCCUUGGAUUACGACAGCUCCGAUGACAGUGACUUUGAAGUGGGAGAUGCCUCAGGAUCAGACGGCACAGGCAACGGCAGCGACGAGGAAGGGUCUAAAGCAAGUGCUCCAGGUUCAGAAAGUGACUCGGAAAACGCUGGCUCAGCAGAUGAUGGUAUAGAUGAAGAGGAGGCCAAAGACCUGGCUGCUGAGGACAACCUAACGGAAGAUGAAGAGAAGGCCAAACAACAGCCUUCCUCAGACAGCUCCACCAAAGACGCCCCCGCCACCACCCCGCCAAAAAGCCGACGCAAGAGCAAGAAGACAUCAGAGCCUGAACCUGCUCCUGCGGCUGGUGGCGCUGAUUCUACCUCAACGUCAGGGCCCGGCGUCACCAACGCAGAAGAGUCUCAGGCCGAGCCCAAGAAAUGGAACUUCCGCAGGAACCGGCCCUUGCUGGACUUCACCACCAUGGAGGAACUGAACGAGAUGGACGACUACGACAGCGAGGACGACAACGACUGGAGGCCCACAGCAGGGAAGAAGAAAGGCAAAGCAGCUGCUCAGAAAGGUGGGACAGAGGAAGAGGACGGUGGCAGUGCCAGUGACGACGACGACGACGACGAUAACGACGAUGACGAUGAUGAUGAUGAGGAUGAUGACGACGAGGAUGACAAGGAAGAUGGCGAUGACAACAACAACAGUAGCAGCGAUAGUGAGAAAGAGAUGAAGAAGCCCAAGAAGAAGACUAAGAGCAGCAGUGCUUUUGAUGAAGAGCUGACUAAUGACAGCAUGUCCCAGGGAAAGGGCAACGAGGAUGCCUUGCUGGACCGGUCCCAGACCUGGAGCACUCAGCACAUCCUCAUCUGCUGCGUCUGUUUGGGUGACAACAGCGAGGAUGCAGAUGAGAUAAUCCAGUGUGACAACUGCGGGGUGACCGUGCACGAAGGAUGUUACGGCGUGGAUGGUGAGAGCGACUCCAUCAUGAGCUCCGCCUCAGAGAAUUCGACAGAACCUUGGUUCUGUGAUGCCUGUAAGAAUGGAGUGACUCCCAGCUGUGAGCUGUGCCCAAACCAGGAUGGCAUCUUCAAAGAGACGGACGCCGGGAGAUGGGUGCAUGUGGUUUGUGCACUUUACGUUCCCGGAGUUGCAUUUGGAGACAUCGAUAAACUACGACCAGUAACACUCACAGAGAUGAAUUAUUCCAAAUAUGGAGCCAAGGAGUGCAGUUUCUGUGAGGAUGCCCGCUUUGCCAGGACUGGUGUGUGCAUCAGCUGUGACGCAGGAAUGUGUCGCUCCUAUUUCCAUGUUACCUGUGCACAGAGGGAGGGACUGUUGUCUGAAGCUGCAGCAGAGGAGGAUAUUGCAGAUCCAUUUUUUGCGUACUGCAAACAGCACGCAGACCGCUUUGACAGGAAGUGGAAAAGGAAGAAUUACCUGGCCUUACAGUCUUACUGUAAGGUCUCUUUGCAGGAGAGAGAGAAACAGCUCACUCCUGAAGCUCAGGCCCGAAUCACCACCCGCCUGCAGCAGUACAGGGCGAAAGCAGAGCUGUCCAGGAACACUCGGCCUCAGGCGUGGGUGCCCCGGGAGAAGCUGCCGCGACCUCUGACCUCUAGUGCCUCAGCCAUCAGGAAGCUGAUGAGGAAGGCGGAGCUGAUGGGCAUCAGCACUGACAUUUUCCCUGUGGACACGUCUGACGCCAACGCCAGCAUGGAUGGACGCAGGAAACACAAGCAGCCUGCCCUCACAGCAGACUUCGUCAACUACUACCUGGAGCGGAACAUGCGAAUGAUCCAGAUCCAGGACAACAUCUCCGAACAGAAGAACUUAAAAGACAAGCUGGAGAGUGAGCAAGAAAAACUGCACUUGGAGUACAACAAGCUCUGCGAGUCUCUGGAGGAGCUGCUGAAUGUCAAUGGAGAGCUGCGAAGUGAAGGCCAGGCCAUGUGGACUGUGCUGGGCGGCAUCCUGGGCCAGAAACUAAACACCCCAGCUGUUCUGAAAGCCCCAAAAGAGAGGAAGCUCAGCAAGAAGGAGGGAGGAACCCCAGGGAAGACAUCCAGCCUGCCAGCAAUCCUCUACAGCUGCGGCAUCUGCAAGAAGAAUCAGGACCAACAUCUGCUGGUGCUAUGUGACACUUGCAAGCUCUACUACCACCUGGGCUGCCUGGAGCCACCACUGACGCGCAUGCCCAAGAAGACCAAGAACAGCUACUGGCAAUGCUCCGAGUGCGACCAGGCCAGCAGCGAUGAGGCAGAUAUCGCCAUGGAGACGCUACCAGACGGCACCAAGAGGUCCAGGAGGCAGAUCAAAGGACCAAUCAAAUUCAUCCCACAGGAGAUGUCGCCAGAGCCCAAGAAACAUCAAGUGAGAGGCACGAGAACCAGAGGGCAGAAGAGGAAGAGAGUUCCUAUCUGUGAAGACAGAGAAGAUAAAAUUGAGGAACCACUGCCACGAGAACGGCGACAACGCCAGUCUGCAAUGCAGAAAAAACCCAAAGCUGACGACACAAGGACUGAGUGUACAACCUGCAAAGGACCAGGCGACAACGAAAACCUAGUCAGGUUGUGAGAGCCGGGGCAGCCACCUCACCUCCCAUAAAAACUCGGGGACAGAUGACCAGUUGGCUUAGAGACAGAGAGAGGCAAAUUGAGGCGUUUGAAGAAUGGUGCUCGAGUCAGACUGAAGAAUGUGACCGCCACGCUGCCCCGCAACCUCCUCUGAUCCGAACUGGACCAACAACUGUCCAACGAAAAAUUGAGCGGAACUGUCAAACAUUUUUGGUUAAUGUUGGACUGCUUUUACACACUAUGACUAACAGGCCAAUUGUAGCUCCAGUUGCAUCAGUGCAGUUGUCUGCAUCUACAAAGUUUUGACCAAGUAAGAAAAAGUUAUGUAUUGAUACAGUUAAUGUAUUUAACCAUUUUGGCAAAUAACCACAACACUUCUCUUGUGCUACUUAGGUAGCAUUAAACGCAAAUAAGUAGAGAAUGACCAGAGAGCUUACUAUGGAGCUAGUUGAUGCAUACAAGUGUUCCAGAUUUCAUUUGUAAGACUCCUAGUCUGUGUCAAUACUUUUUUAAAGCUGCGGUAGGUAACUUACUAAUUUUUGUCAUAUUUACUGAAACUUUCACUAUAUCCUGACAGUAGUACAUGAGACAGAUAAUCUGUGAAACAAUCAGGCUCCUCUGGCUCCUCCUAGUGAAGAACAACCAAUCAGAGGCAAGCAAGAUGGUUGAGUCUCAUUCCCAGGGUGAGACUUGGCAAUCAGCUAUCUUCAAGCUUCCAACCCUAUAAAGUGUCUCUAUAUCUGUCUUGGUUCUGAUUGGUUGUUUUCGUCCAGGUCUGGUGGAUUCUUGUAAAUGUCAUAAUACCUAAUUUUUUCACAGAUUGUCUGUCUCAUGUUCUACUGUCAGAACACAGGGACAAUUUCUACAAGAAUGAAGAGAAGUUAUUUCUAUAAAAGUUACCUAUUGCAGCUUUAAUUUGAUGUAUUUCCUUUAGAAACAGAGGUUAGACAGUGACGAUCUAUCAGCUAUGAAGCGGAAAGCAGUUUGAUUUGAUAGGACAGUCAGUUUUUUGAUGAUUACUGAUGAUUACUGAUGAUUACUAGUGACUAUUGAAGACCACUGAAGAUGCCCGGUUUUCCUUGAAGAAGCACCGUUUUCUAGAUAGUUCAAGUGCCCAUGGAAUCUUUAAGAUUUUCAAAUUUGGCUGUUGAGUGUAAUAAGUGUGUCCAAAGCCUCUGCAGGAAAUGUAAGAUUUCGGGCUUGUUGAUGGUAUUGCUCACAGUGUGGACAGCAAAAAGUGCUAAUAAACUGCUGCACUCAGCUGAUUUUUGCAUCUUCUGACUUAGGGCGCUAUCCUGAAUAACUUCUCUCUUCGCCUCUUGGUGCUCACCUGUAUGCGAAUUCUUUUAGAUCAGCUCUUUUUUUCCCCCAUUGGUAUGAGGCUUUUGCCCUCCCCAUACAACUGCUCAUCAGUACCAAUCACUAUUUGAUUGAAGUCAUCUGACACCCAAUCACCCUGAGCAUUUCAGUGUGAAUUCGGUUCACUUCAGACAUACUUGAACUUAGGCUCUCCCAGACUUGAGUGUUGUGUUGUGUUUUCUAAGUAAAUGGAGGACCAGAAUUAAGAAAAAGUCAGUGUCGUGUAUAGAAAAGCCAACUUGUUUCUUGUGUUUCAUGUGUAGCAGCUACCAUAAUGCUACCAUAAAGCAUCUGUAGUAGAACAAACUAAUGUAGUUAGCUGUUAUAGCACAUAUUGGUCCAAAUGUCUCUAGUGUCUUAAGGCAUUUAGAAGUCUUCCUCUGUCUCCACAUCUUGAAGUGACAGUUAAACUGACAUGUCUUCAGAAAGAAGCCCAGCUUUGUCUCCACAUCCCUGGUGGCCCAUAGUCAGUGCUGUCAAAACAACAGCUGCUUGCUGCUGUGUCAGGGCUCAUGACAAGUGUCAUAUUCUGCCCUCAUAUGUCACUCUGUUGCCUAUCCAGGGCCUUAUAUGCAUGCUUUCGGGAGCAGUCAAAUCCAUGCAGUUUACUGCUUUUUGUCUCUCUGGAGUGUGUCCACAAACAAAAGCCACCCUGGGUUUGUCUUUGGCGAUGAGAUCUUGGUGCAGAAUGACUUCCUGACCGGUCCUUUCCCAUUACUCCCACUCAACCAGUCUCAAAGACUGAAUGCAUGGCUAUAUCUAUCUACUCAGAUCUGUACAGUAAAUUAAACCUGAAAACAAGUGAUGUGGUCUUGUAGAAUUUGAAUGCCAGGUAGCUGUGUAGUGUGACAAUGUGUACAGUAUUUAUUGAAGAGGCCAAACAUACAUGUCUUUCUUUUUUAUGCCUACAUACUUGAUUAUAUAUCAUAAGCUUGUGUUGUAAACAGAGUUCAACUCUAAUUUGUGAUGUAGUCCUAAAGCGACUUACAUAUUUUCUUUUAAUUGCCAAACAUUUGUUUACAUGCUUUAAGGGAAUAUUUCUGAUUAACUGUGUACUGUAUACUGUGCUAUUGUGAUACUGUAUGAAGUAAGAAUGUGAAUGUUGCUGCUGUUGUGUAUGUGAAGUGUCUCAGCCUCUGGCCUAUAGCUCUUGAAAAUUAAGCGGAGCUUUAAUAAACUCUUGACUUUUUCACCUUA